CGGUGGGUUGGUCAACCUGGAACGGAAGGACCCCCCCAACCCCCCCCCUGCUAUUUACCAACAACAGGCGUCUAUUUUCGAACACUGUACCGUCCUGGCACACGGACCUGCUCUGAAAAGAACCUUCACUCUACCUCGACGAAAUAAAUGUCAAGAGAAACAACGCAAGAGCCAACAGAUAAGGAUCGCUGCUCGGAAGAAGUGGCGAGAAAUACGAAGAGUCGGACCAACACGUAGAGACAAACAGGAAAAGCGCACGGGUCGUGUCCGCUGUCUUUCUCAAUGCAUACUCUUUGUGCCCGAGGAACCAUGAAGCCUGAGAUCAGCGCCGCGGUGACGUUUCUGUCGAGAUUUCUGAGGGUAAAAGGACACGUAAACGACCGACAGGUCCAAACAUUCAACCAAAGCUUACAGGACAUUUUGUCAGAGCAAUAUCAGCACCACUGGUUCCCAGACAGGCCAUGCAAGGGUUCGGGUUACAGAUGCAUCCGUAUCAACCACAAGAUGGACCCUCUGGUGGGGCAGGCAGGCCAGCGCAUCGGCCUGACCAUCCAACAGCUCUACUCGCUGCUGCCCAGUGAGCUCACACUCUGGGUGGACCCCUUCGAGGUCUCCUACCGCAUCGGAGAGGACGGAUCCAUCUGCGUCCUAUACGAGUCAACGCCCUGCCCCGUGGGAAUGCCUGCAAUGUCCUCUGCCAUGUCCCCCUCAGGAAACGGGUCUGGGGGCCCAAUGGUGGACAGUCACAUCAGCUGCAAGGAGGAAAUGAUGGUGAUGGGCAGAACCAGUCCCUCCAAAUCCUACAAUAUGAUGACUGUGUCCAGUUAAAGAGGCCCACCGUCACUCCGGCCUACUUUUGUUCAGGGUCAUGCCGUGGCUGGUCAGGUCAUGUGGCCAGAUUCAGGGUGAGCCUUUUUGAAGCAAGAAUAUGAAAGGAAAUAGUGAAAGAAGAGAAAAGAAAAAAAACAGGAUGUGGCCUAUCGUCCAGGUGAUGGAAACCUUUGUUCUAAAUUGUCCCCCUCCCCCCAUUAUCAUCCGUUCUGUUGUGUCAUUGGAUCAGCUGAGCACUCCGGUUUUUAAGGAGGCUUUGUGGAAAUGGAACUGUUGGGGCAGCUAAACCAACCAACCAGGAACCCCCCCCCCCCCCCCAUGGAGACUGGCUCCACCUACCCCCUUCGACUGUAAACAACAUGGUGGUCAGCUCCAUCUCUGAAGGGGCUUCAUUGACUUUGCACUUUCUUACUUGUGGUUAUUAUGGGUACAUGUUCAACACACGGAACAACACCAAAACCUAAAUUGUAAGGCAUUAAUAUCAGGAACUAGCCCUUGAAUUUCAAAAUCCAGAGGUUAUUCAAUUUGCCGUUUUCACUUGUUAUGUUUCCUGGCCGGGGAGGAAGUGUGGUUUUCGACUGAGCCGUUUACAGUCCAAGCUCAAGAUAAAGAAACGCCCCAUGAGAGUAUCUCUAUUUUCUAUAAGACCCCCUUUUUGGACCACAGGGAUUUAGUUUCUUUAUCUUGUAGCUGGAAAGAGGCGUUCGGUCUUAACUUUGCCCCCUCCCCUUUUCAUCAACAUCGAACCCCAGAACAAUUUCAUCUCAACGUUCUCUCAGUAUGUCAGAGCGAGUGGACUGUGUUGUGAAACCUGUGGGCACCAGUGUGUCCUGUUGCACUGUCGCCCCCCCAUCAUCCUUGUAUGUGUAGCUUUCUGGGGUAAAGGCAGGGGAUCCAUUUCCUCCCCCGCUCCCCCGAGUUAAUGAAUGUUGUUGAAAAUCACAAUAGAGUUCCUGUGUUAAUUUUGCCCCCUUUCCACAUAUCACUUUAUCUCCUGCAUUGCCAAAAUUCAUGCAUAGCCAAAAUUCAAAGUGUAGCAAAAGGGGGGCUAUUUAACCCAAACUGCGGUCAUGUGGCCCUGUUAGAUUUGACAUUGAAUGCACUUUGACGUGAGAUUGUGUGGGAUGUGUACUUCUUAGAGAAAUCGCCUGCAUUCCAUCCAUUCGAAUGUCAUCUUUUCACCGCGUUUUUAUUGCCCUCGCAUUUUUUGCCGUUUGUUCAUACUGUAGCUCCCACGUUGGGAUAGACUGAUGUCUAUUAAAUUGGGAGUGUGCAUCUCUGGAUUUCCAACCUUUUUUUUUACACUGUAUUUGUGAACAUUUCAGAGCUUUUGAUUUUAGGUGGAGUACUUUUGGUGGUAUGUUAGAAACCUUCUGUCAUCCGUUCAUAUGGCACUGUUUGCUCUGACAGGAUGCAGAGCCAAGCAGCCCCCCCCCCCCUCCCCUCUAGACACACACACAGAUGGUGAUUUGUGUUGCUCAUAGAAGAAAAAAAUAAGCAAAUCUGAAAGGUCUGGACUAAGUGAUGACUGUGAGACUUUGGCCAAAGGGAGGUCUGUAGCACCGACUGUUCAGAGAUUCAUUUUAACUUAAAACGCCAGGCCUUGUCAGCCUUCUAUUUUAACGUGCGAUUUCCAAGGUCUUGUAAAAGGAGAGACGUAACCUCAUCUGUGCAUUGCCUUACGAAGACCUUGUUGUCAUGAAUUUUGAGCCAUUUGUGAUUUUUAAACCAAUGUUAGCCAGUCGGUCUGUUUAAGUCCUGCCCGGACCCUCACUUGAGGUGUCCAAUUCCAGCCUGGCAGCUUCCCACCUUCCCGCUCCUCCUGGUGUGGGGUUAGAGUGCCUCAAGUGCCACAUAUCACCUCCCAGCUCAGACCUCCUGCUCAGCCAAUAGCCAGCAUGCUGCUAGCGGACCCCAUGUGGAUGCAGGUAGACGUAAUGUGACACAUAUCAUCAUCCAUCGCUGUGGGGGGCUGGGUAAGGAAGGUGGGGAUGGGGAGCUGGUGUGAGAGAGGGGGGGCCAGGGCCGGACUCUUUUUGUCCAGGGCAGCUAAAAUCCCUCCAGCCCCCUCUCUGGACUUAUUCAAAAUCCCCCACCAAGCCCUUGACCCUCCCUCAGCAGUGAUGGAUACAAAUAAAACUAAAACCAGCACACGCACUUGGCAUGCUCAAGCUGCACUGGGGUGGGGCUAGUGAGAGACGCGGAAACAUGGAUCAAAGAUGAAGAAUCGAGGGUACUAGACCAUUGUUUUCAUCUCACUGGAUUGCGCUGCACUUGAUUACUGAGUUUGAGUACCAACUUUGUUUACAUGCAUAUGAAAGGUUGUGAUGGCUGUCUGACAUACCCCCACUUCACUCCCGGUUCGGGGGUCCGAGAGGGUAACGGCGAGCUGAAACAGAUGCUGUGGCGGCUUCUGGCCUUAACCGCUGGUCGAAUAUGUCACGGCACUGCUUCUCCGCUCAUCACCAGACCUAUGGGUGUUUAAGCUCCCCCUAAGCUCGAGAUGAUCAUGGGUAACGGAGCUAUAGCCUUUGACGCACUGCAACCCCUAACCCAACCUCCCCUGUUCUCUGUUGAUAGUCCCUUCAGCAAUCUGUGAAAAGCAGUGAUUCCAUGUUAGCCAGAUGGAGAGGAGCUUGCUCGGAUGGGAGCCCAGAGCUUCGGUUUCCCUGGUGGACGCCAGUUUUAAAACCACGCUGCUCCAUAAUAGCUUUUUUUAUGUCAUGUGACAAGAUGUUUUGAGAUUGGUCUAUAUUUCCGACGCGAGAUGAUCGUCUCGUCUCACUUUUCUCUCGAUGUAUUUUGUGGUCACACUGGUAGAUUCUCAUCUUUUCCACUCUGCCAUCCCAUUUAUCCCCCCCAUUUUUAGUCUGGUGAUCCAACCCCCUUUUAACAGACCUUGUUUUAGACCUACAAAAUAAAAAAAAUCCAACCCAAAUCCUAUUCGACACCUUCCACCACCCAAAAUGGUUUAAGUCCUCAGUAAUAUAUUAUUUCAAUGGCAUCCAUUCAGCUUGUGCGCACAUAGGUUACAGAAAUGUCGUGAGAGUGCAGUAGUCAGAGGAAAAUAGCACAUAAAAUGCACUAAAUGUCAAGUUGAAGUUGUGUGACACUUUUUUUGAGACACGAGGAGUCUCCUGGAAUGUAUUGCCAAACUCAGGCCUCAGACAUUCAAUAAAUACCCUUGUGGAGGAGUUGUGCAUGUUAAGACAUGAAACCGGAAGGGAACAGCAGUUUAGUUUUUGAUGUUGUCGUCAAACUUGUCAUCGAUUAGUUGAAUUAUUGCCACUUUCACAUUUGAGGUGUUUUACAUAUUGUAGAAUGUAUUGUAACUGUACAACAUAUGGUAUAGUACAUAACAUUACACAUGGGAAGUGCCAAUAAUUGCUAUCCUGAGGUGUUUUUAAAUUUAUUCCUUUUUGUAUUUCAUCUUUUAACAUGGAUAAUGCUUUUCGUAAGUGAAGCCAUUUGUGAUGGGAGUGUUGGCAAGGACCAAAGUUGUUUGGUAAAAAAAUAUUAGUUUCCAUGAUCUAUAAGUGUAGACGUAUCCUUUGUUUUUUUUUCUUUAUUUCUUUUCAGUUCUUUCCUUUUUUUUUUUGCUAUUUACGUACAAAAACCAGAAAAUAGACAAAAAAAUCUGAGCUUACCCAAGAAGAAAAGCUGUCUAUCUUGUGAUCUCAUGUCAGUACAUCUUUAUUGUGUUCAGUUUCUUUUCCUUGGGUAUGUUGUGAUGAACUGCUGUAAAUUUGUACAGUUCAUGUAAAUUGAUUGUGCGGAAGUUGUACAGAUUUCUAUAUUUUGGAAGAAAAGUUUUUUUUCUCUGUAAUAAAAGAUUUCCUAUCUUGGCAUCAUA